AUGGCAUUUUAUCUAAUACAGUAAUACCUGCUCUAUUUAAACUAAAGGUUAUUACUUAUUUGCAUAACAAAAUAGAUCUAAUUUAUCAUGGUUAUUUGUGUCUCACAUUCUAACGUCGGGAACUACUGGUGGUUGCCGAUUGGUGAAUAUAACAUGCUAUCAUUAGUCUGUGUUAACCCAAGUUCUAUAGGCAAGUGGUGAAGGUGAAAGUAAACUGUAAAAAAGGUAAAAGUAUCAUAUUAGUAUCAUAUCUAUUGCUGUAGAUUAUACUCAUAUAGCCUCAUACAGUCAUACCCAACCUAUUUAUAAUAUGGUAUAAACAAGAUGUCUACAAUAUUAGUAAUUUAUGAUGGAUCGGUUCAGAUAAUUUCAUUUAAUCGUCCAAAUAAACUAAAUGCCAUAUCAUUUCAGUGCUACAAUGAAGUGACUAAAGCUCUCAUAGAAGGAGCUAAAAAUGAUUCUGUUUUUCUUACCAUAUUAACUGGUGUAGGAAAAGCCUAUAGUAGUGGUACAGACUUAUUUGAUAGUUCUGUUAUAGAUAUGGAAGAUCGUUUGAUUGCGACACGAGACUUUGUGAGAGCAUUCAUAGAUUAUCCGAAGCUGUUAGUUGCAUUAGUCAACGGUCCAGCAAUUGGCAUUGCGUGUACUACGUUAGGACUGUGCGAUCUUGUUUAUGCAACUAAAACAGCGACAUUUUCAUGUCCUUUUCACAGAUUGGGUAUUACUGCUGAAGGAUGUUCAAGUAUUACAUUUCCAUUAAUUAUGGGAAAAACUAGGGCCACUGAAUUUUUGUACUCUGGUAAAACAUUGAAUGCUAUUGAUGCACAGAAGAUUGGCUUGGUCAAUGAAAUUAUCAAUGACGGAAUUAGUGGAAGAAAUCAAUUAAUUAAAAAAAUCACAACUGAAAUAGCUUUGUAUAAAUUGCCUAUAGUGUACACAAAAUCAAUGAUGCUGAAUGGUGUGAUCUCUAAAGAUGAACUGCACAAAGCUAAUGAUAGAGAGAUUGAAAGACUGAUAGAAAGAUUCAAUUCAGAUGACUUUCAAAAUUCUAUUGCUAACUAUUUUAAACAAAGAAAGUUAAAGAAUAAGUUAUAAAGUAUUCCUUAAGAAAUAUGUAUUUAUAUGAUUGUUCGUUGUGAUUUAUGUCUUUCAAACAAUUUCUAACAUUUACUUUUACAUCACAUUAUAAUCAAUUUAUUCAUUUAAAAAAAUUGGUGCAAUAUCAUAUCUUAUAGUUACUCUGUUAAGCUUUAAUAGAAUAUAUUUUUUUUAAAUGUCAAUU